AUGGCGACAGCAAACGUCACAUACGUCGAGAACCUUCAGAAGUACUUGAAGCUCGACCAGAGGGGAGCAGUCAUCGCAGAGUACGUCUGGAUCGACAGCGAGGGCGGUGUCAGGUCAAAGUCGAGGACAUUAGAAUCAAAGAAGGACGGUUUCAAGCCCGAAGAUCUCCCCACAUGGAACUUUGAUGGUUCAUCGACCGGCCAGGCCCCCGGCGACAACUCCGAUGUCUACCUGAAGCCCGUUGCCGUUUUCCCCGACCCCUUCCGCGGAGGCGAGAACAUCCUCGUCCUCUCAGAAUGCAUCAACGCCGAUGGCACCCCCAACAAGUUCAACCACCGCCACGAGUGCGCAAAGUUGAUGGAGAAGCACGCCGAGCACCAGCCCUGGUUCGGUCUGGAGCAGGAGUACACUCUUCUCGACCUUAACGACCGCCCCUUCGGCUGGCCCCAGAACGGCUUCCCCGCCCCGCAAGGCCCAUACUACUGCGGUGUCGGUGCCGGCAAGGUCGUCCAGCGUGAUAUCGUUGAGGCCCACUACAAGAGCUGUCUGUACGCCGGCGUCAAGAUCUCGGGUACCAACGCCGAGGUUAUGCCCGCCCAGUGGGAGUUCCAGGUCGGCCCCUGCACCGGCAUCGAGAUGGGUGACCACCUCUGGAUCGCCCGCUUCCUCCUGCACCGCGUUGCCGAGGAGUUUGGCGCCAAGGUUUCCUUCGACCCCAAGCCCAUCCCCGGCGACUGGAACGGUGCCGGUCUUCACUCCAACUUCAGCACAAAGGAGAUGCGUGUCGAGGGUGGUAUGAAGCACAUCGAGGCCGCCAUCAAGAAGCUUGAGGGCCGCCACCAGGAGCACAUUGCCGUCUACGGUGAGGGUAACGAGAAGAGGUUGACCGGCAGGCACGAGACCGGUGCCAUCGACACCUUCAGCUACGGUGUCGCCAACCGUGGUGCGUCGAUCCGUAUUCCCAGGGAAUGCGCCGCCAAGGGCUACGGCUACUUCGAGGACCGUCGCCCAGCAUCCAACGCCGACCCUUACCAGAUCACUGGUAUCAUCAUGGAGACCUGCUUCGGCGAGGCAUAG